ACUAAACAAGAGAGAGUGAGUAAGAAGGCAAGCAAUUAACAGCCGCAAUAAAGAAGUUUCUGCUGUUGUAUUAAUGGAAUCCCAUCGCCCUUCCAUUAAUUCCCCCCUCUUCUUUAUAUAAUGAAGCAGCAAGCCGCUUCUGUUGUCCCGCGCUGUGCUGAAGAACCAAGCGUCUCAAGGCGUUCAUUGACCAUGAGCCUGAACCGCGGCAAGAACCCGAAGUUGGAGGUGAAGGUGAACGUGGCCGGGAGGCAGCGGCGGGCGCGAGGGGGGCCCUCGACGCGUGCGGAGGACGAUGAGGAAGCAUCGGUGUCGCCGCCGAGCUCGUGUGUGUCUUCGGAGGAGGGCGAAAGCAAGUCGCCGGAUGCGACAGCGUCGUCCCCGCCGAUGAUGCUCGCCGGCUGCCCACACUGCCUCAUGUACGUCAUGCUCUCCGAGAAGGACCCCAAGUGCCCUAAGUGCAAGAGCACGGUGCUCGUCGACUUCCACUGCACCGGCAAGUCGUCCCGGGGGAGCUAGUGGCCGGCCGGCCGGUCGACAAGCGAGCGGGAAUUCUAUGGAAGGCUUCGAUCUGUAUGAAAGAUGGAUCGUGACGAAUAAAAAUGAAGUAGAGAGAGUGGACGGUCAAGAUUCAUUCUUCUUAGAAAUCUUUAAAGCAGAGCCUUCUAUAGAAUUUUUGUUCUGGUUAUAAAUUUUGUGAUACCGAAACGUAUUCUUCUCCUCUAAUCUCAUAUUUUAAUCUUCUUUGGAGAAAUUGAUCUCUCUUAAUCAGCUACGUAAUCUAGUUUAAUUAAGUUUCGCAGUCAGCUUCGUCUUUGUAAUCUGUAUCUCCCUUAAUCUAGUUUAAUUAUCAU